UGAAGCCACAAGGAGGAGGAAGACGACAACGGAGAAGGAGACAGAGAGAGCGACCCGCGUGCUCAAGCCUGACCCGCGUGCUCAAGCCUGACCCGCCCAAACACCCCUUCUUCACGUUAGUUUUCGUUCUACAAGACUCAGUCCUCCCAAUUAAUCUUCCCCGUCUCUCAAGCUCUGCAAUACGUAUUUUUUUCUUCUCCGGUACCGGAAUCUGCUUCAAUCGCUGGGUUUUUUACAAUCUGCUUCCUCUCUCUGUUGAAAGUGGAGAGAGAUGGAAAAUGGAGGAGGAAGUUUAGAGAGUAAAUUCGCGGGUUUGCACAUAAACGAUUCGGGCCACAUCAGUGUGAGCAACAGCGAUGGGCUAUUUCAGGUUAUGAAAGCUGUAGAGGCAGCUGAAGCUACUAUUAAGCAACAGGUGGAAGAGAAUUAUCGACUAAGAUCUGAGCUUCAAAAAAAGAUUCAUGAGCUUGAAAAAUAUAAAUCAGAUGAGCUGAAAAGUGAGAAUUCCCAUUCAGUUGAACCAUGGGAUGUCCACCAUCACUCGCCAGAUAGAUCAUUUAUGUCAAAUUCACAUUUCAGAAAUCAAAAUGAUGGGGCUAGAAACAUUGAUAAUACUCUAAGACAUACACUGUCUAAUAAUGUUGUUCAAAAUGAUAUAGACUCUACUAUACAAACACACAGAGAAAGCCGUAGAGAGUCUGACAAUGUCAAUGGCACACUUAGAGUGCUUUGUGGUGGUCAGGCAUCAUCGGAUCCUUCAGGGUUCUCUCAGUUUUCAUUGCCUUCUUCAUCGUCAUUUUCUCCUAGCAGGUACCAAACAGAAGGGGAACGAGAUAGACGGCUCAAUGUAUCCGGACAGGGGUUGAUGCCAAUAGCUGAACUAAGUAAUGCUAACAGCAUGAAGCAGGAUAUUGUUCUGCAGAUCCGGGAUCAAGAACAAGAAAUUUCACAACUUAGGAAACUUCUUGGGGAAUACGCAGUCAAAGAAGCACAAAUAAGCAAUGAGAAAUAUGUUCUGGAAAAGCGUAUUGCUUAUAUGCGUAUGGCCUUUGACCAACAGCAACAGGAUCUGGUUGAUGCUGCGUCCAAAGCAAUAUCAUAUAGACAGGAUAUAAUUGAAGAAAAUAUACGCCUUGCAUAUGCAUUGCAGGCUGCACAACAAGAAAGAACAACGUUCAUAUCAUCUUUAUUACCACUACUUGCAGAGUAUUCACUCAAGCCUCCUCUACCUGAUGCUCAGUCAAUUGUUGGAAACAUCAAGAUUCUGUUCAGACAUUUGCAGGAGAAGCUUUUUAUUACAGAGGCGAAGCUAAAGGAGUCUCAGUUCCAAAUGACUCCUUGGUCUUCUGACGUCAACUCCAAUUUUGCUUUUUCACCUUCCGACUCUGCCGCGAUUAAAGAUGGGCUUGAACUGGUACCACAACAAAGACAUUCUAAUGAAAAGGCAUCUAGUUCUUCAGACCCUCAGACAGGAAGAGCUUGGGAUCCAUCAGGGAAUCCUCCCUAUGAUAUUAUUGGUGGUGCUACAAACGGCAUGGAGGGAAAUAAUUUGGGCAGUUUUUCGCCUUCUGCGAGCAGGAAUGCUGUGCCCCCUGAUGCAUCUACUCAGCUUGAUGUCAGCCAGGACCAAUCUGUUUCUAAGUCAAAAAGUGAAGAAAUACCAAAUAAACAAGUGACAUUUAGUGAACUUAGCAACACUAAUGGGAUAGAUGAUCCUGACAUGGAGAUAAAUCAAAAUGAUAGAGAACCCUCAGUCAGUUGGGCUUCAAAAAGCUCUCCUUAUGCAACUGCACUAGAGGAUCCAAUCUCAACCUACUCCCCAUAUUUACCACCUGUUUUGGAGGAACCUACAUCCUCUUUCUCAGAAGCUGCAGAUGAUGAUCCUUUACCAGCAAUAGAGGGUCUCCAAAUUAGAGGUGAAGCUUAUCCAGGAGGAGAACUUCAAGCUUCUGGCUACUCUAUUAAUGGAACAACCAGUUGCAUUUUUGAGUGGGUCCGGCAUAAGGAAGAUGGAUCUUUUAGCUACAUAGAUGAUGCAAAGCAACCUGUAUAUCUUGUUACUGCUGAUGAUGUUGAUACAUACCUUGCCAUUGAAGUACAGCCACUAGAUAAUAGGAAACGGAAGGGUGAAGCGGUAAAGGUAUUUGCAAAUGAGCACAGGAAAAUUACUUGUGAUCCUGAUAUGCAAAAUUGCAUAGAGAGAACACUUCACAGUGGUCAUGCUUCAUUUGAAGUAUCUUUGUGGAUUGGCUAUCUUGACACAUGGGAGUCAGCUACCUUGGCUAUAAAGAGGGAUGGCUUUAGUAUCAAGUGUAGUGGGACCAUUGGUGUUGUGGUUACUGAGAAAUUUUCUCCAUCUAUAAGUGUUUCUAUUCCAUAUGGAUGUCCUGGAGAGUUCUCAAUAAUUGAUAGCCGGGAGGAAGUACGUCUAUUGAAGGCAAUUGAUGCUACUGGCUAUUCCAGUAGGGAUGCUAUUGUUCUCAUCAUGAAAUAUUUCAUCUUAAAGGCUGGCGAGAAGAAAAGUAAGACAAGGAAAAAACGUUUGUUCUUCAACUAGUAAGGAGCACAUUUUUUGAGCAACCUGGAUACAUUAUUCUUUGUGUAGUACAUAUAUAGGGAGGCGAGGCUUUUGUAGUUUUGAUUACAAUAUUUAAAGGAAUCAAUCAAUAGUUUGUCGGGGCAUGGCCGCAUGGGCUUGCCCCCAUUACAAUAUCUGCCAUCUUCCCCCUCACCUGGCCCCAUCUCCGCAAAAAAUAAAAAUAAAAAAAGGUUGUAAAUAUCGUAAAAUUUCAACGAAGUCGCCUUUAUGUGCUGGACCAA